CUCAACUACUCUCCGACUUGCCUACUGACUGACCUUGGAUGUAUGAAUCCGGUGCGCAAUGGCACAGCCAACCCCUGAAAUAUAGAGUCCGGUAGUAUUAUUUAUUACAUCUCGAAGAAGACCGCAUAGCCUGCCAAUGCCGGCAACAACCCAGUUCCCCACGAAGCUCGUUCACACUCUCAAGACACACCAUGGACCGGUCAAUGCUGUGACUUUCUCCAGUACCCCUGGGACCUACGUUCUCACCGGAUCCUCCGACCGCGCCAUCCAUCUUUCUCGCGCGGUACCCAACACUACCAACAACAAUCAUGUAUCUGUUGUCGAGACUACAUCUCCAAUUCAAAAGUACGAGGCGCAUGGGUACUCUGUGCUCGAUAUUGCCGUUGCAGCGGAUAACUCGCGCUUUGCGAGUGUAGGAGGAGACCGCCAGGUUUUCCUGUGGGACGUGGAACAGGGCCUCACGAUCAGACGAUGGAGCGGCCAUCACGCGAAGGUUGAGGCUGUACAAUUUGCGGGGGAGGGAGAUGCGGUGGUAGUUUCUGGCAGCGCCGAUACAACCAUUCAUAUUUGGGAUACCCGGUCCAACUCGUACAAGCCCAUCCAGACACUCACGGAAGCUGGGGAUACGGUUUCCUCGCUACAUGUUCAUAUGCCUACGUAUUCGAUCGCGAGUGGUAGCUAUGACGGCCGUGCGAGGGUUUACGAUCUCCGUAUGGGUCAGACCACAGUCGAUGUACUGGGCCAUCCAGUCACCAGUAUCCGGUGUUCGGCGGACGGCAAUGCGCUCUUGACGUCGACUCUGGACGGGAGAAUCCGAAUGUUGGAUCGUACAGAUGGGAAGCUGCUGAAAGCAUUCGGAGCCGGACCUGCACCUGGACACCCCACGUACUACAAUACAGAGCUGCGUAUCCGAUCUGUAUUCGCCAAGGCCGACGCCGUCGUCCUGAGCGGGAGUGAAUCCAAUAAACAGGACCGGUCAGCGCAAGCUUAUGUCUUUGCCUGGGAUGUUCUCCGCGGGGAUGUCAUCGCGGCAGUCCCAGCCGGAGAGGGAGUCAAGGCUGUAAGUUGUGUGGCGUGGAAUGAGAAGGGAAAGUCUUGGGCGAGCGGAUGCUCAGAUGGAACGGUCAAAGUUUAUCAGUAAAAAAAGAAAAACAGCCACUCGCUUAACACCACCACCAACCGAUCGCCCAUACCGCGAUCUGGAAAGAAUCCAUGUGCCCACCACGAGUUGCAGCGCAGCCAUGCACUGUCCACUAACACAUCCAUCCAUGGAUAUCUAGCUGACGCCCAGCCUGCAAAGGUGGAAUCUAUGGAAUUUCCGCCAUUUCCCCAGCGAGUAGUAAGUAGUAACUCCGUAACUACUCCGUAUCCGAACGAACCGUAUGUUGACUUGGGAGGCUAUUGCGGCAAAUCGAUUGAUUAGCUUUGGACUCUCCCCCGUUCCAUAGUUAGUUAAAUCAAAGGAUUCAAUGUCAUAAAUAAGCAAUGCUGCAGGUUAACUACC